CUUAACUUCCAUCCAUCACAAACCACGUACUUUAAGCAUACAAAACAAUGAAAAUCACAUUGCUAGCAUUUAUCCUUCUCUUUGCCUUCUUGAGCUCACAACCACUUCUUGGAGCAGCUGAUGCUUCAAAUGAUCAAGUGGUUGACAUAUUAGGCAAGAAACUUCGAGCUGAUGCUAACUACUAUAUUCUUCCAGUUCUACCCAUUCACAAAUGUGGACCUUAUGAAAAAUGUAGAAGCAGUGGUUCAAGUCUUGCCCUUGCAAGCAUAGGAAGAAAAACUUGCCCACUUGAUGUUGUGGUUGUUGAUAAAUACCAGGGCUUGCCACUUACUUUUACACCAGUUAACCCAAACAAAGGUGUUAUUCGUGUGUCUACUGAUUUAAACAUCAAGUUCGCAUCCCGUCCAACCUGUCUACACCAUUCCAUGGUGUGGAAACUUGAUAGUUUUGAUGUUUAUAAGAGACAGUGGUUUGUAACUACUGGUGGUGUUGUUGGAAAUCCUGGUCCGGAAACCAUAAAUAAUUGGUUCAAGAUUGAGAAGUAUGGUGAUGGUUAUAAGUUAGUGUUUUGUCCAAGUGUGGUGCAAUCUUUCAAGUAUCUGUGUAACAAUAUUGGAGUUUUUGUGGAUCAAAACGGAAAUAAGCGUCUGGCUCUAAGUGAUGUUCCUCUUAAAGUUAAAUUUCAACAAGCUUGAUCAUAGCUUCACUAAUAUUAGCAUAAAAAUAAAUGAAUACAUGUAUUUCCUUUUCAAUAAUGUACAAUGGGAUCCUCAAAGUUAGGUUUCCUUGUUAAAAAUAAAAUAAAAAUUAAAUA